GACGCCCACCAGCAUUGCAUUAUGGGGCCUUGCCUUAAACCGGGGGGCAGCAACGAUGAAUACUUUAGUAGUUCGGAUUGUUUAAACUCGGACAUUUCAGGAGAAAACCUUUUUGAAAACUCUCAAUUGGGAUAGGUUGCUUUGAUUUCCUGCUUGUAUAAACCAAAAAUUGGAUCCACAUACAGUAUAAGUCCACUGCAAUACUGUCGUUGAGCGAGAACAGAUGUAGGUAAAGACUAUCUCUCGGCAUAAUUGUUAACAACAACAGUUUCUCAUUCCACUGACAAAUGAUAUCAAAUAUUUCAGUUGAUUUUUUUGACAAUUAGAUACAUAGAGCUCUUCACAAUUAUUACAUUUAUUUAACUACUUGCUUGCCUGUUUCUAUUCUUCUGUAUGGUUAUUAUUUCUACGACUAGGUUUGGUCAUUUUGCUUGACAGACUUGUGACAAGAGAAGAGAGUUGACACUAUUGUUGGGUAGCAACAACUUGUUUAGGGUGGCUAAGAAAUCGUUCAAGUAGCUAGUAUUUAGAAAAAACUUCUGAAUUGAUGGUAGUAGAUUACAAAUUUCAAUAGAACAAUGUCCUUCUAGUUACCUCUCUCUUUUAUUUAUUAUCAACUCGUGUGUGUAUAUAUAUAUAUAUAUAUAUAUAUAUAUUAUACACCAAUGGUCACUCUCUGACCAGUCAUAACAAACAACCUUAUCUCUAUCUAACUAUAUAUAUAUAUAUACAUAUAUAUAUAUAUAUAUAUUAUACACGCGCACACACAUAAACAGUGGCCAAUUGAAACCUACAGAACAAAUGAGCGGAUGUAAUUGUGAUGCAUUGCACUAUGGGAAAAGAUGAGUAUGAUAAAUCAAAAGGUGGAAUCCUCAAAGCAAGUACAUUAGAACAGACUGACAAUCAACUACCCAUCGGUGGUAAAAUAGAUGUGGCCUGGGACAAUUAUAGUCCAAUCAAUAGUUUUAAAGACUCUUCAAAAAUCUCACUUAAUAACAGUAUAGGACAAGUAGCACAUGAAUUUCACAGGAAUAAUAGUCAAAGUAAAGAAUUUGCAAGUGGAUCCAGUCGAUGCAAGAACAAAAGAAUUCCUUCCCAAAACUCUGUGAAGUCUUCAUUAUCAGCUAUAUUAUUAGAGAAUAAUGAUGAUCAUCACCUUGACAAAUCAAAUGGUCCACUGGUUACAGAUUCCAUUGAUGUUAGUCCUCUUGAUAACAACUCUGAUAAUGAAGAUUUGGGGCUGACAACACAUCGGCCUGAUAUCAAUGCUAACCAAAAUAUUGAUUUGGUCAGGUCAUCUAAUUUUUCGAAUACAAUUACUAACUUGUUUAAUCAAAGUCAUAGGAAAAAGAAAGACAACACCAGUAAAUAUCAUGGAGAAGAUAUGUGGAGAAAUAACAGGAAAAUUGUUGGCAAAGGAAAAAAUGAUAAUUUUUACAAUCAGUCUCCUUCAUCAGUAACAUCUAAUAGUUACAUAAUGCAUGACCAAGAGAACCUUGGUUAUCAACAACAGCAGCAACAACAACAACAACAUAACUAUGAGCAAUAUGUUAUUCCCCAAAACUUUGCCUAUACAGCAGAUGAUAUUUACCGAAAGGCACUAUCUGUUGGAUCUUAUCCUAAUUUAAUGACUCCUAAGAAAGUCCCUGAGAUGUUUAAUUUUGUGAAUGCAUUGGUGUCGCCACCCUUUUUUGCACGUUCAUAUCACCCAGAACAGAGGCAGCAAUCACAUGCAUCAUCCCAGUUUUAUUCUGCUAUCCCACCUGAUGGAAAUGGUUGUCUUAAGAUACCGCAGCAGUCUCCUGGACAUGGCUAUCAUUCAAACUCUAUUCAUCAGACCCAAGACUACAUUAAUUCUUUCUAUGUUGACAAUUCUCAGCAUUUAGAUAGCAGACGUCAUUGUACUAAUGUAGACUAUCCUGAUCAACAUUACCAGUUGCAUCAAAAUGUUAAUGUCCCAACAAACCGCUGUCAUGAUACUUGGCGAAACCAAACUGGUGAGGAAUUUUGUAAUGCAAUUGAAAGAAACAAAUGCUGCACCAACAGCAAACCAAUAUUUCGAUCACGGUCUUUGUCAGCUGUUGAGCAGUCUAACCUCUGUCCUGAUAGAGGUUCUCCUCCACAUAAAUCAAAUUACGACUUUGGCAAAGUUGAAAACAGCUUUAAAAACUUUCAUAUUGGACAUGUUUCUUCAGACAGCCGUCACUUUAACCAACAAUGUACCCCACAGAGGAAUAAGUUUAAUUCUCUUUUAACUCCUGAAAAUACAAUGAUGCAAACAUUCAUGUAUGUGUGUCCUGAGUGUCAUUCUGAAAAUGCCAUGCAUGCCCAAUAUUGCACUUAUUGUGGAGAAUCUUUAACUGAAAGAGCUCAACCAGCUGUCUAUCCUCCAGAUAGUAUGUAUACUAACUUCAGAGAUGAAGAAUUCUCUUAUCCUUGUGAUAUUAAUAAUGAUGAUAAUGUAUUUAAUGAAUCUCUCUCACAUGCUAGUUCUUUCCCUAAUAGCCAUUUGCAGUCUUCCUCCAACUAUAGAAUCACUAAAGCAACUGGGAGAAGGCAGUAUCAAAUUCAGAAAGAGACAAGCCACUCAUUUUCUCCUGGGGAACAUCGUGCUUUCCAUUCUGGAGCCAGUAAAUCUGAAUGUUAUUCUGAUACAGAGGUUACCCUCAAAUCACCAUCAACUCAUAAAAUAUCAUCCUCUUGUGAAUGGGAAGAUUCUUCUCAAGAUAAUUUAGCAACUCCAAUUUUUGCAAUGGAUGAAGAAAUGUUGAACCCUGCUGACCAGAAUAUUAAUUCGGUAUCACAGUUGAAUUUGAAUGAUUCUAUUCUUGAUUGUGGGAGCUUUUCAGAAGCAGACUUAGAGUUAGUCACAGCUCAGCAACACCAACUAUCAGAAGAGAAUUCUGAUAAACCUUCAGGCAAAUACACUGGAAUUAAAGGACCAAGGAAAGUGUGGAGAAAGCCUAACGCUACUGGUAGUAGUAGUAUUGAUGGUAGCCGCUUAUUUACAGCUAAUAGCAAUGGAGAUAACAAAGUUACUAGUAAUAGUCCUGUAUACCAUCGUCACUGGGAAAAAUCAAGUUGUGGUUCUACUUCUUACCUUAGGGAACCGAAUUUUGUGUCUAAUUUAACUUCACAAAAGACUAGAAAUAAAUCAAGUAACAGUGAGAAGUGCAAGGAAACUGAAAACAAACUUGUACCUGGUGGUAAUAUUUCUAACUUUACUCGUAAAGAUCUGAGAAAAGUUGUACAGCAGAAUGGGACGACAAAGAACCGGAAGAAAGUUCAUUCCAAGAAAGCUACUCGAGUCUUAUCUUUGAUGAAGGGCGGAAACCAAGAUAUUUCCUUGGAAGCUGAGAAAUGUCUGUCAGGUGAUGUGUCAAUAGAUGUUCCUUACUCAGAGCAAAUAUUACAAGAAUCUUCAACAACUAGUGGAUUUGAAAAUAGUUCAUCUUGUGUGCCAGAUUUCACAAAAUCAGACUCUGAGGCUAAUGGCUUUCCUGAAUCUGAGAAAGUACAAUCAAGGAAUUCAACCUCCCCUUGGCAACAUCUACCAGAUGAAAUUUGGUUGCAAAUAUUUUCCAAUCUUAGCAAUCAUGCUAGAUUCCAUUGUGCACUGGUAUCAAAACGAUUUAACCGUAUUAUUCAAGAUGAAUCUCUAUGUAAGUUGAUAUUUCUUAUUCUUUCUUUGCUUCUCUAAAUUUACAUUUCCUCA